AUGGCAACUGUGGCGCAUUUCGACACCCACCGCACCAGCCACGCCCGCCUCGCCUCAUCUGAGACGAAGCCGGCCCAUCAACACCGGCACCAGUAUCAGCACACGGCCAGCGGGCGCCUGCGCCACCCACGCGAGCACGACUUCAGUAAUGAUGACGACGGACGAGAGCCCAAGCGGGCACCCCUCGCUGCGCCAUCGUUGCAUCGUGGCAGUGACGAGGACAACGUGGAGACGGAGGCAUUUGUUGUGUCGAAGGACAACCCUUACCUUGGCGUUACACGGACGGUGCCGCAGUACGAAAUGACAAAGCGGUUCAUCUUCGAUUACGACUACACCUCGCCGCGGCAGCCACAACAGCAGCAGCCAGGCAGCGCUGGCUCUCGUGCACCUCCAACUCAUGGCUCCGCCUCAUCCCGAGACUCGCCCGUCAAGAAGCCUCGACCACGGAGGAAGCGACGUUUGCGUUCCGAAAAACACCGGCAGACUCCCAUUAUCAAGCAGUGGUUGAACGAGCAUUACAACCCAGCGGAGGGUGUCUCCGUGCCGCGAAGUCUCUUCUACGAGCACUACUGCACGCUGUGCAAAGAGGCAUCCAUGAGCCCUCUGAACGCCGCAAGCUUUGGCAAGAUGAUUCGCCAAGAGUUUCCCAUGCUUCGCACGCGUCGCCUCGGCACCCGUGGCCAGUCCAAGUACCACUAUGUUGGGCUGGGCAUUCGCCCAUCGUCCCGAUUUGCAGCCACAGCACCUGCCAACCAACUGGCAUCGACAAAUGCGAACACACCGGGUGUUAACCGACAGCAACAGCAGCACCAGCAGCAGCAACCACAACAACAGCAGCAGCACCAGCAGCAACAGCAACACCUGCAGCCAUCGCACUCAUCUGCAAGCGAUUCAACACCUACAACAACGCCGCAGCUCUUGCCGCAACACGCUCACAACGACAGGCUACGUGGCGUCAGUCCUCCCCAUACCCGCGAGCACCCGAUGCAGGCGCAUCACGCUGAGCUGUUGUCUCAGGGCACAGCCCCUGCACCACUGCCUGCCCACCCCGCCAUGACAGGCCCCACCACGCCAGCAGGCGUGAUGCACGUACAUCAGCAGCCUUAUCGUCAUCAUCAGCGUACGUUGGAUGCGGAGCCGUUUUCUCUCUCGUCUUCGACCGAGGCAGCGCCACGUCAGGCGCACGGCCCAAUGCUGCACGAGCUCGCCUCACCUCCACAACUGCCACGCCCGCACCAGUGGAGCGCCAUGUCUUCCACAGACCCACACCACCGACACCACCAGCACGACCAGCAGCACAACCAGCAGUACAACCAGCAGCACAACCAGCAGCAGCAUUCCUCGCCAAUGCAUGCCUGGUCCACGCCGUUUUCGGGCUCGUUUGCUUUCUCCCCGCCAGCGCCGUAUGAAACAGCCCUUGACACAGCAGACGCCGCACGUGAGCCAGCAGUGCCAGCGUCAGUUGCCGGGGCAGGGCAGGAGAUGGCGGAGAGUGCAAUGUCGGCGGUACAGCAGGGGUCUGCUCGUCCUGUUGUGCGCGACAGCCAGGGCGUCUUUGCGAGAAGCGUUCCCACGUUGCGCGGUGGUGCAGUUGAACACGCGGCUGCUCCUGCAACGAAACGGGCAAAGGAGGGCCGGCAGCAAGACCUGUCACAACCGCACUCACAGCAACCACAGCACCCGUCCCGCCGAACACCGAAGAAAGGGUACCAGAGACGCAACGGCCGUGGUAGCGUGCCUGCUUCGCCAGCACCACACGGUGGCAGUGGCAGUGCGCACGGCGUACGCCCUGUUAACCCAAUGGCUGAUGUCGGCGGCAGCGGCGACGGCGAUGGCGCUGAAGACAAGGAUCAUGCUGCUUGCUCACAUGCAGCGAUUCUGGCCACUCCGACAUUGCGGCCAGCCAGUGCUCUCGCGGCUGACGACGAUGAGGACGACGGCGGCGAUGAUGGCACUGGCGAAUGUGGUCGAGGUGGUGGCUCUGGCAGUAGAAGCGGCGAUUCUGCGAUGCCAUUUCGGCUGCCGCCAUUUCCGAGACCAUCAUCACGGCUAGCAACUCUGGGCUUGGACAUGCGUCUGCUCACCGACACAAUCAAGUCGCUUCGACAAACCUGCAAGGCCGUGCUGUCGCUUGUGCUCUCAAACAACGGAUCGAUUGGGCAGGAAGUCUUCUUCAAGUUUUGGCACGACCUGUUGCCACCAAAGUUGCAGCAGCUCGCACACGAGGAUGUUGCCAAGCUUUUCGCCAGCUGCACACAAGUUCUCUUUGAUGCGCUCUUCCACGGUCUUGUUCCAAAUGUGCUUGCACCAAUGUCGGCUGAUGCCAUCAGAGACAUUCGUGUAUUUGCACACACCUGGAAAGAGCAGCUCAACAAGUUGGAUGAAGCAGCAACUUUACCUCCACAUUUCCGCAAGUUGUUCAUGCGCGCCAGCACCAUGCUGGCUGAUGGGCUACUGCGCCAGACUUCCCUGAAUCAUAUUGCGCAAGCGACCUUCGGGGUCUUGCAAGACGGCAACAUGUACACGAAAAUGCAUCGUGACCUCAGCCGCAUCGACUUUUCAGCGGUCGAGGCUCACGUCAAUCUCAUGUGCAAGAACGGUCCACCCGAUGGUGUCCGCCAAGCUCGCCGGAGUCUUGUCCAGCUGUUUGCUGGUCCCGCGGUCACGGUCGAUGCGCUGGCAACAUGGUUCUGCAGGCUGAUGGACAAGUGCAUUCCGCCACCGGCACGUGGAAGCGGGCAUGCUGCUGGACGCCACCUGUAUCUUGUCUGGAACUUGUACAGCUCCCUCUGUUUGCGUGAACUGCGCAUUCGCAACGCCGCCAGCUUCAGCUCCUUUCAUCUGGUGAAGCUGUUUCUCGACGAGUACGCCUUGUUCUUGCUUGAGCGCCGGGAGCUGCGCGAAUUCUCGCUCACCCUUCGCCCGCCCACAGCAGCACCAGCAACAACAACAGCAGCGACAGCAGCAGCAGCGUCCUCCCCCUCCACAGCCAUGACCACGACGACAGCAUCGUCAACCACAGCGGCGCUGGCAAGUGCAUCGACGACGAAAAAACGCGCCAAAACGACGCGCCGGUCCCGCAAGCCCAAAUCCCGCGCGAGCAACACCACGGCAAAGACGGCGCUCAGCUCGGGCUCAGGCACGGCGCUCAGCAGCGCGGCUGAUGACGACACACCCCAACAGCACCAGGGGUCGAUGUUCGAUUUCCAAUCACUGCCGUCGGGUAUGGAUCAUUGGAACGCCGCCACGGAAGACAGCCUUGGACUGCCCCAUCUGGACCCGUUGCCUGCAAGCAAAGGUGUCCCACCGGCAGGCCCGGCCAUUACCGUGGCCGAUUUCCUCCUUUCUUCCCCAUCAAAGGCAUCGAAGAGCAGCAGCAAUGAUGACUUGCUCAGCAACAGGUUGCCCAUGUCACUGGAUGACCUGUUGCGCAACGCAGAGCUGCCACCACCAACCGAAUUUGAAACGGAUGUUGUUCAUACGACCUCUGCCUCAAAGGCAGCGGCAGAGCAUCAUCAGCAGCAGCACUCUCAUACAUAUUAUCUUCCCACCCCGUCAGGUGAUUUCCCACCGUUUCCUUCCAUGGACGAUGAGCUGCUCCCAUCUGCCCUCCCAUCAGAGUAA